AUGGGAAAUAAAAAUGUUGACGAUGACGAAAAUAAUAUUGAAAUUGAUAGUAAUCUAACUAAAGAUAUACAAAUACCUAGUCAAGUAUUUGAAAACCAUUUCUCACCUAUUCCUAUUGGCUGCCUAAAUUUUGAAGAAAAACUUGAAGAAAGUAGGAUUGUUAAAAAAUUGAAGGCAAGAGAAAAAACAUAUACAGUGAAAACAAUAAUUGAUAAGCACGUUGGAACAGAAUGGGUCAAUUCAAGAAUUAUGUCUAACUUAAUUCCAUCUCAAGAUUGUAUUGAAUCUCAGAUUGCAAUCAUUUUAAGUAGUUGUAACUUGAAUGCAAUUACACUAAGGAAGUUAUAUGCCCUUCUUUCAGUAUGUUUCAAUAUUAACUUAUUAAAUAUUGAUAUUCAAAAUAUAUAUCAAAUAAUAAGAGAGAAUUUGGAAAAACUCAGAAGAACCGAUAAACAAGAAAUAAAAAAGAACAAAAGAGUUCGUGACAAAAAAAAAAUACAAAUAAAGAAUUUAACUAAAUUUAUUGAUGGUGAAGACACGAUUUCAUUAAGAUCAUUUGCAUUGAAGAUUAAACAAUAUUGUGAAAAGAAAAGCUUGAUUCACCCAUCAAAUACAAAAUUGUUUAUACUCGAUCAAAAUCUAAGAGACAUCUUUCCAGGAAGAGAUUCAAUCGGUAAAAAUAUCAACGAUAUCCAGAGGUUACUUAAGGUUUCAAAUAUAGAUAUAGAAAAUGAAUAUCUGAGCUUCUCGGAACAGACAACAAGUUGA